AUGUGCAAACAUGACAUUGAGGAGACAAGGAAGCUAAAUAUCGUGGCUGUGGGAGCUGGGUUCUGCGAUGGCCUCCAGUGCAGAGACAACACCAAGGCUGCCGUCAUCCACCUGGGCCUCAUGGAAAUGAUCGCUUUUGCCAGGAUCUUCUGCAAGGGCCAGGUGUCCACCGGCACCUUCCUGGAGAGCUGUGGGGUGGCUGACCUGAUCACCACCUGCUAUGGAGGACGAAACCGCAGGGUGGCCGAGGCCUUUGCCAGGACUGGGAAGGUCCUGGGUCUACUGGUAUGGACAAUGAUUGCUGGAACGGAGUACUUCCGGGUCCCUGCGUUUGGCUGGGUCAUGUUUGUGGCUGUCUUUUACUGGGUCCUCACUGUCUUCUUCCUCAUCAUCUACAUCACCAUGACCUACACCCGGAUUCCCCAAGUGCCCUGGACAAUGGUGGGCCUGUGCUUUAAUGGCAGUGCCUUUGUCCUGUACCUCUCAGCUGCUGUGGUGGACGCAUCUUCUGUCUCCCCAGAGAAGGACAGUCACAACUUCAACAGCUGGGCAGCCUCCUCUUUCUUUGCCUUCCUGGUUACCAUCUGCUAUGCCGGAAACACCUAUUUCAGUUUUAUAGCAUGGAGAUCCAGAACUGUUCAGUGAUUUACCAUUUUGAUAAUUAAAAGGGGGGGGAAGCCCAGAAGAAUUUCACUGUAAAAACAGCUGUAGGUAUAAUGUAUAUUUCCACAAAAUUGUAUUUAACUAAUGUUUUUAUAUACUUAGUUAAAUCUGCUGGCAGUGGUUUGUUACAAUUAAACUGGAUACUUAUUUGCAAAGUGCUGUAGCUUAUAAUGAACUCUUAAGUAUU